CGACGGCUAGGGGUUUUGGUAGCGUUGCUUGUGCGCUUGUGUGAUCCGCGCGCUGCGUGUAUGGAGGAAGCAGCUGCUGAUCUGAUCUCUGACACUGUGUGAGACAGACAUCUGAAUAAAACACUGCGCACACACGCGCGUCUUUAAGGACUCCGGACCGAGGCACGCCGUGGAUGAUUGUGAGUCAUUAAUAUACAUUUUUUUUAAAAAUCAUAUGAGAGGUUGUUUCGCCUUCGACUGAACGCGGUGUGUGUCUCCCCGAACAAGCUAAAAGUAAAUGUGGUCAAGUGACUUUGCUUAGAGCAGACAGCAUGGCAGAUCAAGCGACAGCAUGUGGCCAAGCUAGCUACUGUUAACUCCACUUCUGUGUGUUAUUCCACACGAGCAGAGACCUCUUUGAUUUAAUGGGUCCAAUCAUUGGGAUGUCACCAGAUAAGAAAACGGAAAUUCCGGGUAUGCAAGAGGAGCGGACGGGGCUCAGAGGUGUUUGCGGUGUAGGAACGCUGCCUGAGGCGGAGUGCGCGUCCAGUCCGUUGGCGACCAGCGUGGAUCGUACCGGAGGCGCAGAGGAUGAGGAGCUCACCAACCUCAACUGGCUGCACGAGAACCUGCUUCAGAACUUCACUCUGGGAGGUCCAGAGGCUCAGCCCAGCGGGAGCCCCCUCUUUGAUAUAGAGGGAGACUACGGGCCCAACCAGGGCCCAUCCUCCUCGUCCUCAUCUUCGUCACACGGAAGAGGAAGAGAGAGGGACUCGAUGAAGUCAAAGCCCCCGUUCUCAUUCUCUCUCCUCAUCUACAUGGCCAUCGAGCAGUCUCCCAGCAAGUCUUUGCCCGUGAAAGAAAUCUACGGCUGGAUUCUCGAGCACUUCCCUUACUUCUCCAACGCUCCCACCGGCUGGAAGAACUCAGUUCGUCACAACUUGUCCCUGAACAAAUGCUUCCGCAAGGUCGAACGAAGUUUGGGAAAGGCUAAUGGCAAAGGUUCUCUGUGGUGUGUGGACCCCGAGUACCGCCCCAAUCUGAUCCAAGCGCUUAAGAAGCAGCACUUCCCUGCCGCACAUGCCUUCUGCACACCACCCGCCUCCCCACCCAGUGCCUCCUCACCCCCUCGUCAUCUCUUUCUACAAGGCUGCUCAUUCAAAGAGUCUGACAUUGAUGCUGCCACUGCCAUGAUGCUCUUAAACUCUGCCCCCGGGCACCACGUUGACCCAUGCAAUUCUGAAGGCCCUCUGGACCUCUCCCGGCCCGACUCGGUCCUGGUGAGCAGCGAUCCAAAGCAAGACCACAACUACAGCAGCGUCGCCCUGCAGCGCUGCUCCUCCCGCUCCUCCUCCUCAUCUCUCUCUUCUCUGGACGAAGGAGGCUGCGACCGGAGGCAGUCCCGCCGCGCUGGCAGCGAGGGCUUCCACAGCGACGAGGACUCCGACCUCUGGGACGAGAGGGGAGUCCAACAGACGGCGUCACGGCGUCCACCAGCUAUCAAGUGGCCCGCCGUCAAACGGCAACGUCGAGAGGCGAAGCCGGAGCUGGAUGAGGAGCUGAAGGAGGCGGCCGGCUCUUUGCUGCACCUCGCUGGUAUACGCAGCUGCACAGAGGGCUCCAAACGCACUGUCAAGAGCACAAAACUUAACAGGAAAUAAGAUUUUUUUUUCGUUUUAGGCCCCCCAUCAGACUCCGGACCCUGUGAACCUUAACCUCUGACCCCUGAUCGUGUGUCCCAGUGUGCCUCCUUCUCCUUAUCUGAUCGUUCAUUGACCAUUUCGAGCCUUUUUUUGUUCGGGAAUACCCCUGUCCAACAAAACAAAUGGCAAUAGUAUCGUUCACACAGGAGAACAAAGCCAUAUAGAGACUUUUGUAACUGGGGGGGGUGACUGCCGGGGCGGGUUUUUGGGGCUAUGGAGAACCAUCAAGAAAAGAAAAACCUUAUCCAAAACGACCUGCCUGCUUCUGUUGGAUUAGACGAUCGCGAGUCAAGGAUCUCCCUCUGAGAGACGAACUGGGAAAAGCUGAAGGUUUUAUAACUCAAAGCGUUGCAUGCUUCCUCCUCAAACCUGUAUCCUCUUCCAAGUGAUUCUAUUUAUGAAGCGAAUGAGUGCAUGUUUGUAACAGACAAAGUCUAACCUCCGGGUGUUAUCAGUUUCUCCUUUUUGUGCCACUGUUUUUUGAACGGAAUUCUUGCUCUUUGAAUCCUCUUGUACGAGAGAUGCAAUAAUUAAUCCACAACCUUAACCUUUUGACAUUAUUUCAUGGUGAUGUUUCUCCGAGUCGUUAGUUAAACUUUACAAUUAAGAAAAAACGAACGAGCAGUACUAUGAUCUUGUUAUGCGACAAAACUUCUACACACACGAGCUCUGGCUCUAUUUCAGGAUUAGCAAGAUGUUGAAAUAGUAUUCCUCUGCCACUGCCAAAAUUUAGUUGCAAAGUUAGCUCAACGACAUCGCUUCUGUGUGGCCAUUGCAGCGCGACACAAACGAAAGCUUGUUUUUUUUCUUUCGCUCAUCCUGUCGACCCCCUCUCUCAUGCAUCAGUGUGUUGACGACAUUUAAUGUGCAGACACAGAACAUAUUCACGUGUUUGGUGACAGCCUAUGCAAAGUGAACAUCUGCAGUGUCAGAUGCUCAGUGUGCUCAUAGGUUAGCCUCCAUAGGUUUUGUUGUAUUUUAGUGUGCGUGUGUGCGUGUGUGUGUAUCAUAGUGCAUGUGGACAUGCGUCUGAACUUGAUAACGAUGGUCAGAUCUUUUUUUAUUUUUGACAAAGAAGUCCUUCUUUCUCCAUGAAUGUGAUUGGUUUGAUGACAGGUCUGCAGAGCAAGCUAUUCAUUUGAAAAUGAUCGCAGCUUCCUUCACCGUGAUUUGGGUUUGUUUUCUCUUUGUUUUUAUUUAACCAUGUCAUUUAGAAAAAUCACAACACAGCUCAUUUCCUUUUGGCCAUGUUAACUCACACCUUGAGAGAAAGUGUGUCUGACGCUUCUUUUGUACAUGCACGGCAGUCCUUCAUCAUUAUUAACCAGGUGAGUUGCAUGUGUAAACACAAACAUCCGAAUCAUUCACCCUGAUUUAUUUAAUUAGAAUUCUCCUGCCAGCCUCUUAGAAACAUUUCACAAGACGUCAGGGUGAGCCGACGUGUGAACGCAGCGGGUAAAAGUGAGCAGGCGGGGUCGAGGUGUUCACGUUGAGCGGCGUUUCUUUGUUUCACGCUCGCCUCAGUCGUCGGUAUGUUUCCAACUGUUGAUUUUGUAGUUCAGAAAUGUCCUCAAACACACUGAAGGAAUAUAAACACAAACAGUUACCCUUACUGAAGACAGAUCCAACUCCCCCUGAAAAACGCUACCCUUCUCACAUCAGCCACACAGAGUGUAAGGAGUUGUGUGAGCGUGUUAAACACAGAAAAACUCCCACUGUGAGGGGCAUGUGUGAGGGGCGAGUUCCCAAAAAUGCAGGGGGUGAAUAUCCUGCAUUGUUUAGAAACUCUCAGGAGUUGAUGUGAGAAAGAAGGGGCUUGAUUUUGGUUCAAGUUCCCCAAGAGGGGUGGAAUCUGGAUGCAGCGUGAGAGAACUGGACUCUCUGCUUGCAGUCACUUGCGAGUGAUAAGUUGACAGCUUCUGCUGCUUUCAUGUUGUGCCCUCAGUUAGUUCUUGCCGGGCCUCUAGUGUUUCCUCCGUGCCCUUCCUCUUAGAACAAAAUAAGGAAGUGCACACUCUCUUCUCAAGCUGUGAAAUGGAGUGUUGAUUGCAUGCAGCUCACUGAGGGGAAGUUGUGCAAAAAAAAUGCCACCAUUUUUUUAUUUGAGCUUCUGAAAAAGGCUGCACACUCUGCCAACAACACAAGGUAGCAUGGAUCUGCACACACACUUAGAUGCAGAUUUCCCCCAAAGUUCUUGGCCACAAGGUGUCACAUCCAAUGAUAGUAUAGCAUGCAUGGUGGGUGCCAAAUGUUUUCUCGUGCCACUGAUUUAAAGCCGCAAAAGGGGGCCAUGCUCGCUUUUAUUCCCCCUGCUGCCACGAUGUAGUUGUGAUUUAGAGGAACAAUGCCCUACUUUUUCUGAAUCAUCCCAACAGGAAAUGGGAGAGGACUCUGGUCGUGCCGUGACUUAACCAAUCCUUUUUGGUUUAUUUUUGUCGCUUCGGAGUGGGAACUGCUCUCAGCGGAAAGAGAAUAAGCUGCAGUUCUCAGGAGUAAUAUUUGCAAACACUGGUCUUGUUUAGCUGUGAAAAAAAAGAACAAAUUAUUGUUCAUUAAUCAUCAUCUUAUUUAUGACUUUAAUUUAUGGGAUUAUUGAAUGCAUACUCUAUCAAACACUGGUCAUUUGAUACUGACUAGGCACAUUUAUUUCCUCCUCUGUGAACUCCUUUUAAAUAAGUUUAUUUUCCUUGUUUUUAUUUUACAGCAAUACGCCUUUUUUUCCUUUCACUAUGUCAUAGUGAUUAAGUAUUUUGCCAAUGUUUAUUGUGUUUAGAGCGGGUGUUUUUAUUUUCACUUUAACCAUGACUGCCAGGUUUUCUUGAUGUUUUGUUUUGCUUUUUGUUAGUCUGGAUAGAGGACACUUAAUUAACAUUGAUCCUGAAAUCUUCUGUUGCCAAAUUUAACGUACAGCCGGGGUAUUAAAUUCAAAGUGAACACACUCCCCAUGUACUGUGGAGGUUAUUUAAAGAUGAUUCAAUCUUUUUUAUUUGUACACAUGUCUCAUGUUUUCAUUUAGAUUCUGACUGAGUAGUCAUAAAUUAAAGCUCUCAUCACAGAUUAGAAAUUAAAAAAACAAAUACUGCCAUCAUAACUCAUGCUUCCAGGUAUUGAUACGGGAUGUUUGAACUGUAAUGAAAAUGUCUCUGAAAAGUGGAACUCAGCCCCUGGUGUAGUUUGAGACCUACAUUUGAGUUUGGGGGACGACUGCAGAGGAAUUAUGGAGACCUGUUUGGGAGAAUUUCACUCAUUCUUUCUGUAGCACUUGCAAAAGAAUUUUUAAUGUUGGUCUCAAAGUGGAUGAGCUCACGACUGACACCCGGUCGCUUCAUCGCUCAUCAGCUGUUAUUAAAUAUUGGUUAUGUGAGUCUCAAACUUCUGUUGCAGUUCCUUUUGGGUUUGAUGAUCAUUUUGUUCCAUUUGACGAAGCUGCCAACCCAGUAUCAGUUUGUGUCAGUUGUCUGCCAUGUCUAUCGGACCGACACACCUUUUGGUUUUUGUAUGCUAACCUCUGUUGAUAAAAUGUUUAUAAGAUUUAUUUUCGCCAAAGAUAUGCAAUUGCAUUAUAUAUGGUAUUACAAAAUAUUAAUAAAAACCUGUUCUUGUUA